UGUCUUUGUUUUCAUCAUAAAUCCCUGUUGUAUCAUUCUGAAUCCAAACAGGACACCCUUGCUCCUCAGCACUCAUUCUGUCUGACGUUGAUGUCUGCCUUCGGGGAGAGUCUGAUGUGAGUGAAUUGGUAGACUGAAGAGAGGCAGUUGAGCACUUCGCCUACUGGGGCCACAGGCUUUUAAUCUUGAGCAUCACUCAACCAACAUUUGUCUUAAAAAUGGCAGGAGCAAUAAUAGAGAACAUGAGCACAAAGAAGCUAGUCAUCUUUGGUUUCUUUUUUCUUCUUGUCCAAAUUAUUUCAAUCAUGGUUGGAGCAUUCAUCGCUCCCAGUCCCACCAGUGCAAUCCGCUACCUGGCCACCAAAUGCAUUAAUCGCCACAGGACGCCUGGCUGGCUCAUGCCAUGGGGAUCAAACCGGUGCCAGCAGAUCCACAGUUUUGACGAGCCUCUUGCUAAACUUCUGGAUGCAAAUGACAUAGUGUUUAGUGUGCAUGUUCCUCUUCCUAACAAGGAGAUGAGCCCCUGGUUUCAGUACAUGCUGGCUGUCUUACAGUUUGACAUCGCAUUCAAAAUGAUCAAUCAGAUUGAGGAAGAUGUCACCAUCACUAUUGAUGCUGGUCUGGCACACAGGGAUGAUCUCAGAUCAGAGUGGACCCUGAAGUAUCACUCUGUUGAGCAGCGGCCACUAAAGUGCAGCUUUGAAAUCCCUAAGACAUAUGAAAAUGAAGGCCGCUUUUAUCAGUGUGAGCCCGUACCAUUCAUGGAACUGGGAACUGUGGCACAUAAAUAUUUUCUCAUUAACCUGCGCCUGCCUGUGAAUGACACAGUGAACGUCGGUAUAGGAGACAUAAAAGACGUCCAUAUUGUGGGCAUUCACCAGAAUGGAGGCUUCACUAAAGUGUGGAUCAGCAUCAAGACAGCGUUCACUCCCUGGAUCUUCAUAGAAACAGUUUGGUACUGGCACAGGAUCAGCCUCAUGGCAAGACCUCCAGUGCUCUUGGAAAAGGUGAUUUUUGCUCUGGGCAUCUCCAUGACUUUCCUGAACGUGCCGCUGGAGUGGCUCUCUUUUGGCUUCGAGUGGACGUGGAUGCUGCUGCUUGAAGAUGUCCAGCAAGGCGUCUUCUACUCCAUCCUCUUCUGUUUCUGGAUCGUCUUCUGUGGUGAACAUCUCAUGGACCAACGUCAGAGGAACCGCCUCUCAGCGUACUGGUGGCAGGUUGGGCUUGUGAUGUUUGGCUCAUCUGUUCUCCUCAUAUUUGACCUGAGUGAAAGGGGGGUGCAUUUGACCAACCCUUUCUACAGUGUUUGGGCAUCGGAGGUAGGGACAAAUGUGGCAAAAACUUUCAUUAUUGUGGCAGGGAUUUCUGUUUGUCUGUAUUUCUUCUCCCUCUGUGGCAUGGUACGUUGUGUGUUCAGGAACAUUGGUGGGAAAAUACAGCAACUUCCUGCAAUGCCCGAGGCUAGAAGACGUCAUUACAAGGGGAUAAUCUUCAGAUUUAAGUUUCUAAUGCUGGUCACUUUAAUAUGUGCAGCCAUGACUGUCGUCUUCUUCAUUUUAAACCAAGUCAGUGAAGGUCACUGGCACUGGGGAGACUACACUCUGCAGGUCCACAGUGCUUUCCUCACAGGCAUCUACGGCAUGUGGAACCUUUACGUGUUCACCAUCAUCUUCCUCUAUGCUCCCUCCCACAAGUACAGACGGAGAGACAGCCAACAAACGGAUAUGCUGGAGAAGCUGGAAAGUCAAGAGACUGAGCUGACACGUGGGGAGCAGGGGCCCACAGAGACUUACAGGAUCACUGGUAAGGUGGCUGAGGAGUAG